GCGCCCAGCCUGCGCCGUGCGCCCGGGCCUGGCGCGGAGCUGCGCGGGGCGCGCGCGGGCGGGCGGCCGCGUCUUUCUUCUCCCGGCGGUGAUGUCAUCGGGCGACGGCGGCCGCGGCCGGGGGGCGGCGGCGGGGGCGGCGCCCGGCGCCCGCAGGUUCCUGUGCAUCUAAUGAAAAGGCACUUGACAGCGGGCCAGGGCGCGCGGAGCGAGCGGAGCCGAGCCGGACCUGCUGGGCCGGCCGAGCCAAUCGCCGGCGCCCAGCGCCCCAUGGGCGCGGAGGCGGCGGGGGCGGGGGCGGCCGCGGGCCGGGCCGCCGCUCCGAGGUGAACGGCGCGCGCGGGCCCCCUCCCUGCGCUCUGCCCGAGCCGCCGCAGCGAUGAAUUCCGCCGAGCAGACCGUUACGUGGCUCAUCACCCUGGGGGUGCUAGAGUCGCCCAAGAAAACCAUCUCCGACCCGGAGGGCUUUUUGCAGGCGUCGCUGAAGGAUGGGGUGGUCCUCUGCAGGCUGCUGGAGCGCCUGCUCCCCGGGACCAUCGAGAAAGUCUACCCGGAGCCUCGGAGCGAGAGUGAGUGCCUGAGCAACAUCCGCGAGUUCCUGCGUGCCUGCGGGGCCUCCCUGCGCCUGGAGACAUUUGAUGCAAAUGAUUUGUAUCAGGGGCAGAAUUUUAACAAGGUCCUCAGUUCCUUAGUGACUCUAAAUAAAGUAACAGCAGACAUUGGACUAGGGAGCGACUCCGUAUGUGCUCGGCCCUCUUCGCAUCGGAUCAAGUCUUUUGACUCCCUGGGAUCCCAGUCUUCACACAGUCGGACUUCAAAAUUGUUCCAGGGCCAGUACCGAAGUUUGGACAUGACUGAUAACAGCAACCAUCAGCUGGUAGUGAGAGCCAAGUUCAAUUUCCAGCAGACCAAUGAAGACGAGCUCUCGUUCACGAAGGGUGAUGUCAUCCACGUCACUCGAGUGGAGGAAGGAGGCUGGUGGGAAGGCACGCACAAUGGCAGGACUGGCUGGUUCCCCAGCAACUAUGUGCGUGAGAUCAAGCCAAGUGAGAAACCUGUGUCUCCCAAAUCAGGAACUUUGAAGAGCCCCCCCAAAGGGUUUGACACAACUGCCAUCAACAAGAGCUAUUACAACGUGGUGCUACAGAAUAUUUUAGAAACAGAAAAUGAAUAUUCUAAAGAACUUCAAACCGUGCUUUCAACUUACCUACGGCCAUUGCAGACCAGUGAGAAGUUAAGUUCAGCAAAUACUUCAUAUUUAAUGGGAAAUCUAGAGGAGAUAUGUUCUUUCCAGCAAAUGCUUGUACAGUCUUUAGAAGAAUGCACCAAGUCACCCGAGGCCCAGCAGAGAGUUGGUGGCUGCUUUCUGAACCUGAUGCCACAAAUGAGGACCCUGUACCUUGCCUACUGUGCCAACCACCCAUCUGCCGUGAGCGUCCUUACAGAGCACAGCGAGGACCUGGGGGAGUUCAUGGAGACAAAAGGUGCCAGCAGCCCUGGGAUCCUGGUGCUGACCACUGGCCUCAGCAAACCGUUCAUGCGCCUGGACAAAUACCCCACGCUGCUCAAGGAGCUGGAGAGACACAUGGAGGAUUAUCAUCCUGAUAGACAAGACAUUCAGAGAUCCAUGACUGCCUUCAAAACCCUUGCGGCCCAGUGUCAAGAAGUACGAAAAAGGAAAGAGCUUGAGUUGCAGAUCCUGACGGAAGCCAUCCGAAGCUGGGAGGGAGAUGACAUCAAGACCCUGGGCAAUGUCAUUUACAUGUCCCAGGUCAUGAUUCAGUGUGCAGGAAGUGAGGAAAAGAAUGAAAGAUACCUUCUGCUCUUCCCAAACCUUUUGCUAAUGUUGUCUGGCAGUCCCAGGAUGAGUGGUUUCAUCUAUCAGGGAAAGCUACCAACGACAGGAAUGACAAUCACAAAACUUGAGGACAGUGAAAAUCAUAGGAAUGCGUUUGAAAUAUCAGGGAGCAUGAUCGAGCGGAUACUGGUGUCCUGCAACAACCAACAGGACCUGCAGGAAUGGGUGGACCAUCUGCAGAAGCAGACGAAGGUCACAUCUGCGGGCAACCCCACCAUCAAGCCCCACUCCGUGCCAUCUCACACCCUCCCCUCGCAUCCCGUCACCCCAUCCAGCAAGCAUGCAGACAGCAAGCCCAUGGCUCUGACACCUGCCUACCACACGCUCCCCCACCCCUCCCACCAUGGUGCCCCGCACACCACCAUCAGCUGGGGGCCCCUGGAGCCUCCAAAGACCCCCAAGCCCUGGAGUCUGAGCUGCCUGCGGCCUGCGCCCCCUCUCCGGCCCUCAGCUGCACUCUGCUACAAGGAGGAUCUUAGUAAGAGUCCCAAGACCAUGAAAAAGCUGCUGCCGAAGCGCAAACCUGAACGGAAGCCUUCAGACGAGGAGUUCGCCUUGCGGAAAAGCACGGCGGCUCUGGAAGAAGAUGCUCAGAUUCUGAAGGUCAUCGAGGCUUACUGCACAAGCGCCAAGACCCGGCAGACCCUCAACUCAACAUGGCAAGGCACUGACCUGAUGCAUAAUCACGUCUUGGCUGAUGACGACCAAUCAAGUCUAGACUCCUUGGGUCGUCGCAGUAGCCUUUCUCGUUUGGAGCCCUCAGACCUCUCGGAAGACUCUGAGUAUGACAGUAUAUGGACAGCCCAUAGUUACAGAAUGGGUUCUGCAUCUCGUUCACGCAAAGGAUCUGCUCCACAAGUCUUGCUUCCAGAAGAAGAGAAAAUAAUAGUUGAAGAAACUAAAAGUAACGGUCAGACAGUGAUGGAGGAAAAGAGUCUGGUGGACACAGUGUAUGCGCUGAAGGAUGAAGUCCAGGAGCUAAGGCAGGAUAACAAAAAGAUGAAGAAGUCUUUAGAGGAGGAACAGAGGGCCCGCAAGGACCUGGAAAAGCUGGUGAGGAAGGUGCUAAAGAACAUGAAUGAUCCUGCCUGGGAUGAGACCAAUCUAUAAAGGACGACCUUAUUUCUUGUUGUUGAAGACCAGUUACCAGGCCAAACCAGGUCCCCGGCCCCAGCUUGGAUGACAUUCAGGACUGAGGACAUUGUCUUCAUCAUGUGAAUAGAAAUGAUCAAAUUGUCACUGAAGAAUCCACACAAGCAUAGACACUGAGGACCCAGGCUGCAUUAACCUCUGCUAACAUCUCAGUUACCUCAUUUUGCAGUGAGUGCGGUGACAGACUGGAGCCCUGGCUCUUCAGACUUGUAGUUGAUACAUAAAUAUCAUGUUCAUGUACUUUUUGUAAAUAGUCCACAUCGAAURCACAUUUGUGACGGUGUCUGGGCUCGCCCUUCUGCCAGGACUUGUUUCCCUCUGACCUUUCUGGUCGUGGGGUUAGAGGUCCCAUCACACUCGCUUAAUAGCAGCAGUGUGGGGAGACACCUUUGGCAGGUGUUGGAUUAUCCUGCGCCAGCCUUGUCCCCAUGGCUCUUCAGGCAGAUGUCCCGCCUCAGUGUGUUGGGCAGAUUGACGCUCCUUAUGUCUGUCAGGGGGCUCCACGCCAGUCAGAUGUCUCCCCUCAAGCUGGAUUCCAGCCUUGGCUGGUGGCCCUGUGGAGGGCAGCACUCAGCAGAAUGAGACCAGCCCUAACCUGGGUGCAUCCACAUCCCUGUCCUCAUGUGGAUGUUCGCCCUUGCCAUCUCUCCAGAUCCUGGAAUCACGGGAGUGUGCUCCGGCAUUUGGGAGGCAGCUCAGACUUUUCUUAGGCUUGUUCGGAGAUGUGACAGGGUGCGCCAUUCCGUUCUCCCCUGAGAGACGGAACUAGAACCUUCCCAUGCAUGUGCUCUAGAUCGCCAGUUGCUGCAGCCAGUGGACACAGGUGGAGCCAGCUGGAGACUCACAUUCAGGGCAGGCUUCACCGUAGGCCAGCCUCACCCUGAGAUACCCUUCACUAUCGUCGGUCUGCCUGUAUGAGCAGUGCUCGCUGGAAAUGCCCAAGCUGCUGGCAACAAGAAGGACCGGAGCCCGCCUGCAGGAGACCAGGGAGGAGGCCUGUUUUCACCCAGCAGGCUGCCUCCCUGGGCCCCGCAGACUUGGGAGAAUGAAUGACCCAGCAGUAAGUGACAAUGACCAUAGAAACUGAGCUGUCUUUUUGCUUCCUCUGAGUCAGUUUUGAAGUGAGGUAAACUCUAACAUAGAAAGUGUUAUAUCAUUUUGAUUUGAUUUUAUUUUUUUUUUUUUUGGUGGUGCUGGGGACUGACCCCAGAGCCUUGUGCAUGCUAGG